AUGUUAUGCCAGUUCCAUGCUGGCCGUUUGAUCUGUUCGUUCCUUUCCCUUUAUUGCCUUUCAUCGAACAAUGUUCAUCUAUUCGAUCUUAAUGAUAUUUGUUUCAAUCUAUCCUUCCCUCUUUUCUAUCUCUUUUUUCUUUUCCUUUUCUUUUUGUUCCCUUUUCUUUUUCCUUUCUUUUUUUCUGUUUUUUCUUAUUUUGGUUUCAUUGACUUUCUUUUUUCCUUUGCUUUUUUUCUCUGCUUCCUUUUUUUCUUUGUCUCUCUUUUCCCUUGUCUCUCUUUUCCCUUGUCUCUCUUUUUCUUUGUCUCUCUUUUUCCUUGUCUCUCUUUUUCUUUGUCUCGCUUUUUCCUUGUCUCUCUUUUUCCUUGUCUCUCCUUUUCCUUGUCUCUCUUUCUUCUUUCUCUCUCUUUUUCUUUCUAUUAUAUCUCUCUCUCUCUCUCUCUCUCUCUCUCUCUCUCUCUCUCUCUCUCAUAUAUAAAGCAUUAUCUAUCUAUCUAUCUAUCUAUCUAUCUAUCUGUCUAUCUAUCUAUCUAUCUAUCUAUCUAUCUAUCUAUCUAUCUAUCUAUCUAUCUCUUUCUCUCUCUCUCUCUCUCUCUCUCUCUCUCUCUCUCUCUCUAUAUAUAUAUAUAUAUAUAUAUAUAUAUAUAUAUAUAUAUAUAUAUAUAA